AUGGCAUCAUGUACCUUGUCGGAGUGGCGCAAGCUGCCCGUGAGUUUAAGUGAGCUUUGUAUCAAUACUACUCUCAGAUGCGGCCAGUCAUUCAGAUGGCAACAUCUCCCCGAGAGCGAGGAAUGGCGAUGUGUUCUUUAUGGACAAUUCCUAUCCUUAAAGCAAGAUUCAAACUGCUUGUAUUAUCGAUCCGUGAACUCUCUUUCCCAAACAUCGGAUAACGACCACCUUGUCCGCAUUAUCAAACAUUACUUCAACCUGACCCCAAAUCUGAGCGAACUAUACUCGCAAUGGUCGUUGCAAGACCCCAAUUUCAAGAAGAAGGCUGCGCAGUUUACUGGAAUCCGAAUUCUUCGCCAAGAUGCCUGGGAAGCACUGGUAUCCUUUAUCUGCAGCAGCAACAAUAAUAUUGCCCGAAUCUCACAAAUGGUAGAGAAACUAUGCAUACAUUAUGGGAAGCCGGUGGCCACAAUCGAAGGGCGUGCAUAUCAUGAUUUUCCUCCUCCAGAAGCUUUGACUGGCAAGAACGUUGAGGGCAAUCUCCGCAACUUAGGGUUUGGAUAUCGAGCUAAAUACAUCUAUCAAACUGCGCUCAUGGUAUCUAAUCGGGAGAAAGGCUGGCUAGACAGUUUGAGCAACCCCGAGUGUCCGGCAUUUGGUGUUGAGAUCAAACCCGGCGGCGAGAUGAGACCAGAAGGGCGAGAGGGAUAUCGCGAAGCCCAUGAAAAACUGCUCGAGUUACAGGGAGUCGGUCCCAAGGUUUCUGAUUGUGUCAGUUUAAUGGGAUUAGGCUGGGGAGAAUCUGUGCCCGUUGAUACUCAUGUAUGGCAAAUUGCACAGCGAGACUACCGAUUUGGGAAAAGCUCCAACAAAAGUCUGAACAAGACGACCUAUGACGCUGUUGCCAAUCACUUCCGCAAACUUUGGGGCCAGGAGGCUGGAUGGGCUCAUAGCGUGCUCUUCACUGCGGACCUGCGUACCUUUGCAGACAAACUUGCCGCAACCAAGAAGGUCAAUGUGAAGGUGAAAGAAGAGGAGUCCGAUGUUAAAAUCGAGACGAAAGUAACAACCGCUAUCUCUCUAAAGGCGCCCAAGGAGGAAGAUGCCGACGUCAAGGUCAAGAUUGAGGAUAUGGAUGAUGCCAAGAAACCUAAUGGCAAGAGGCGAAAGGGAGCUGAAGACAUCGUGCCUGUUGCUCAAACAACAGAGACACGGAGAAUGUCCAAGCGACUACGGCGCUGA